AGCUGAAGAAAAGAGGGGAGGGGGGAGCUGGGAUGGGGUGGUCCCACAUAGGGUCUGUGUGUGUCAGAGUGUGUUGAAAUGUGUGUGUUGCCCUCCUCCUUCACUCAUUGUAAUCCAGAAGCAGAGAGGAGGAGAAGCUUGGCUUGGCCUCGAUGAGAGUUCACGAGAGAGUAACCUAAAGAGCAGCCAACUCCUUUUACUGAGAGAGACUUUCACAGGCAGACACUUUUACAACAGGACAUUCUAAUCAGCAUCUCCGCCACAGACAACCGGCUUAUUCAAGAUUGUGGUUCUUUGAUUCAUUCUUGGACUUGAAGAAGGCUUAUCCAAAUGCUUGGGACAAUAACUUUAACAGUUGGCCAGACAGAUGCCAUGCCGCAGAAAGAAGACAGCCCUGAGACGAUUGAAGUACUCCAAGAUGAAGUUUCCCCUCAAGUUAAUGGAGAGCAAGAGGAGGAUAAAUCUGUUGAUGUAGAAAAAUCUGAAGCAAUAGAGGAGAAGGCAGCUGAGGAGAAGCCAAGUGAGUCUAACGAGGUGGGCUUCAAAAAGAUCUUCCGCUUUGUUGGCUUUAAGUUCACACUGAAGAAGGACAAGAAUGAGAAGACAGAGCCUGUGCAACUGUUGACAGUGAAAGAAACUGAGGAAGGUGCCUCAGAGGCUGCUGCUGAGGAAAGCAAGGAGGAAACUGUCACAGAGGAAGUGAAGCCUAAGGAUGAAAAUGCUCCAGAUGCACCAGACACAGAAAAAGAGGCCACGACUAAAGAUGCUGUGGAAGCAGAAGCAGCAGCCGAUCUCCCAGCAACCGAUGCCCCAGCAGAGACUGUAACAGAUAGCAAUGCAGAACCUGAACAGCAGCCAGCUGAAGAAACUCCAGAGAAUGAGGCAGCUGAAGAAGUAGCAACAACUCCAGAGAAAGAGAAAGACCCAGAGGCACAAACUGAAUCCCCCACCAGCCCACCCUCCCAAGAGAUACAGUCCCCCUUCAAAAGAUUCUUCACUCAGGGAAUCUUCUCUAACCUGCGUAAAAAGACAAGCUUCAAGAAGUCCAAAGAUGAGGAACCAGUGAAGGAGAAGUCUCUUGAGGAGGAUAUAAAAGAGACUGAAGAAAAAGCAGAAGAGGCAGUCGCAGAAGACAAAGAAGUUAAAGAGGAUGUGGAAGAAGGGGCAACAGGUGAAAAAGCAGAGGAAUCAGCACCUUCAGAGGAGAGCAAGGUUGAAGCAAGUCCAGAAGAACUGCCAUCUAACACUGAGGAUGAGAAAGAGGAGGAGCCGAAAGUGCAGGCUGAGGCAACAGUUCAGACUCAGCCAGCAAGUGAGACUGAACCAGCACAGGAGGCUGAACCUGUUGCUCAAGCUGUAGCUUGUGAGGUUGCAGAGACCCCUGUUACUGAUGUUAAUAAUGAAGCCAAACCCACUGAUGAUACCAAACCUGCUGAUGACAAGCCAAGUGAAGCUGCAGAAGAACAGCAAAGUCCUGAAAAAUCUGAAGCAGAGGCAACCACUGAACCUGAAGCUGUGUCAUCCCAAGAAAAAUCCAAGGCUCAGGGAAGCCCACUGAAGAAGCUUUUCACAGGAGCAGGUUUGAAGAAGUUGUCCUCCAAAAAACAAAAGGGCAAAAAAGAAGCAGAGUCAAAACUAACAGAGUCUGGCGAGCAAGUAGUUGAGCAGAUUCAGUCAUCGACUGAGUCAGCUGAGCCACAGAAACCGGACAGCAGACCCUCCUCUCCAGAGCCAGAGGAAUCUGGUGAGCAUGUGGUAGAGGAGGCCACUCAGCCUGAGGCUAAAGUGGAAGCUGAAGGUGAGGCAGUUACCUCUGACAGUGAGAAGAAGAAAGAUGGCAUCCUUCCUUGGGCCUCUUUUAAAAAAUUAGUCACUCCAAAGAAGCGUGUCAAGAGGCCAUCUGAGAGUGAAGAUGAGGCACCUGGAGACAAGCCCAAAUCUGCCACCCUCUCCUCUACAGAGAGUGCUGUCUUAGAUGACAAAACGGAGGAGACAAAACCAAGUGACGAAGUAAAGGAAGAAGCUAAGGAGGAGUCACAAGCUGAAUCCAAGGCUGAGACAAAAGCUGAGAAGCUUGAACAAAGUACAGAGGAGCCGAAGAAAAAGAUGGACACUUCUGUGUCCUGGGAAGCUCUUAUUUGUGUGGGAUCAGCCAAAAAGAGAGCAAGGAAAACCUCAGAUUCUGAUGAUGAUGAAACCAAGAUAGAGGAAGAAGUGCAGCAGGCUGGAGAAGAACAGGCUAAGACUGCUGAGUCUCCACUUGGAAGUUCCCAGGAAGCUGACCAUGAAAAUUUAGCCUCAUCACCAGAGCCAGAGGGAGAACUUGUGUCUACAUGGGAGUCCUUCAAAAGGCUGGUGACCCACCGUAAGAAACCCAAAACAGAGGACAAGUCUGAUGAAGCCUCAGGUCCAGAGCAGACAAUAUCUGACAGUGAAGUACCAAAAGAGGAGUCAUCCUUUUCCUUUAAAAAGCUAAUUCCCCGUAGGAAGAAGAAGUCUGAUGCCAAACAAGGACCAUCUUCUGAUGUUGGAUCUGCAGAAGAAGACUCUGACACCCCAGCUGUGGUGCCUCUGUCAGAAUAUGAUAACGAACAAUCAGAAAAAGUUGAAAUGGAAAAGAAAGAGGAGACCAAGACAGAGGAUGCAACGUUAGAGGCCACUCCAGUCACUCCUGCAAAAGCCUCAGCUGAAGAUAGAUCACCAUCUUGGAUUUCAGCUGCUGUGGAGAAAACUGAAGAUGAAGCAGAGGGAAAGCAACUAAGUGACAUACCUGAAGAGGGAGAUACAGCUGCUACACCUAAAUCAACUGAUAACACCAUUGCAGAGGACAUUGUAGAGUUUACAUCAGAAGCUGUAACCGCCCUCGAGCCAGCAGAAGAAACUGAAAUGGUCUCUGCUGUCUCACGCAUUACAGCAUCACCUGUUACAUCUGGAGAGACCACACCGGUUCCAGGAGAUGGUGUUGUAAAGGCUGAAGUAAUUCUCCAGGAAGCUGUGGAGACAAUCAGUGUUACAUCAAGUGCCAUGGCUGUGACAGUAACUGAAGAACAGAAAAAAAUUAUUGCUGUCUCUACAAGCCCGGUCCAGGUUGAGUCUGCAAUCAAAGAAGAGAAAGUGGUAUUGCUUGCCCAUGACAAAAGUGAAGCAACAGCUCUUUGCACUGGUCUUCACACCAGUGAAAUCAAAGAUGUGGAAGAAGAGAGCCCAGUGAAGGCUUCAGUAGAGUCUGUCUCAGCUGUUAGUGAAGCACUGCCAGUAGAAGUGGCCGUUGAGGACCAAACUCCAAAACCUGAGGAAGCUGGAGUGGACAAGGAAAAUAUUUCCGAGGCACAAGUAAAUGAAGUUCAGGCUGUGUAUAAAGAACAGCUUCAAACACCCAUAGAAAAUGCCGUGGAGGACACAGCACAGGUUGAGGCAGUGAAAGAGACAUCAGAGGCUGAGAUUGUGAAUGAGCUUCAGGAGGCAACAGCAGUCAAGGUGGCUGUGGUCACUGCUGUUCAACAGGAAGCACAGAUACUUGAGGAACCACUCGUGGCAGAAAACUCUCCAAAAGUGGAGACGGAGGGUCCAAUUGAACCGUCUGUAGAAGAGCCAGUCUGUGCUCAGACUGUGGAGGUCACUGAAAUUGCUGUUGCUGAAGGUGAGAAAGUGCAGGAGCUAAAGGACAUUAAAGAAUCAGUCGCCAGUGUUGAGGUGUUAUCUGUAGAGAGUGUAGCAAUGGCUGUGUCGGAAGAAAUUACACCCUCAUUAACAGAUACCCCCAUAGCUGAAACAGUUGAGUCUAAGGAAGAUCUCAUUCCUGUUGUGGCCCCAACAGAAAAGUCUGCAGUGACCGAAGAGAUUGUUUGUGUUAGCCCAGCCUCAGCAUCUGAAACAGAAGCAGAGUUAAAGGAGGAGGCUGUUAUAAAAGAGGUUGCCACAGUUGAACUCACAGCUGAUCACAACAUCCAACUUACUGUAAAAGAUGUUGAGGUUGUCACAGCUAAAGUUGAAGCUGAGGGACACAUUGAAGUGAGUGAGAAAGUUCAGGAAGAGGUAGAACCAUUGCAGGCCAUGGACGCAAAGGAAGCAGAAGCCAUUCAGGAACAGAGCACAGUCAUUGUCCAGGAAGUCAUUCAAAAUGUUGUCGAGAAUCUUGGUGAAAUGCAGAAGGAGCAAGAAUUAUCAGAAAAGCCAGUGGAGGAGAAAGAGAUUAGUACCACAGCAUCAGAAGAGGCAUCAAAGCCUGAAGAUGUGCUGACAGCUUCUGAGAAGACAGAGGAAAAACCUGUAGUAUCUGUUACAGCUGAAGAGGAAAAACCUUCAGCAGAUUCAUCAGUCCAAGAAGAAAAACCUGCAGAUGAUUUACCGGUCCAAGAAGAAAAAACAUCUACUGAAACAACCUCUGAGAAGCCACUUACGUCCGAGACUGAGAACACAGCUGAAGAACAGCAAACUCGCGUAAUCACUGAAAGAUCACCAGUUGAGGUCAGUGAAGCCAUACAGAUUUCUGAAACCGUUCCAGUUGCUAUUACAGACGAAAUCAAACCUGAGCAAGAGGAGCUUGCCACAGUAUCUGUGGAUGCUGUGCAAAAAGAUACAGAUGUAAUAAAGCAAGAAGUGGAAGUAAGAGAAGUUGAAAAGAACAUUGAAGUUGCUGAGAGCACAGAAUGUGAAGAUGGAAAAUGUCAAGUUGAGGAAGAUCUUAAGGAAGUGCCAAAAGGAAUCCAAAAGGUAACCACAGAGACCCCAGUUUCAGAGACGCCAGAAGAAACGGCCACCCUUGUCACAAAGCAAGCUCAGAUGAUAGAAGAGCAGUGUCAGGUUGAGACAACAAUGGAAAUGAAUGUUGGAAUCAUAAAUGUAGUGGAUGCUGAUGAAGGAGCAAUCCAAGACACUGACACAAGCAUGAAAGGCGACAGCUCGAAGAAUCAGGUACAACUGGAAGAUAAAUCUCAAACAGUAUUGGAAGAGUCUCAAAAGGAUAUUUCAGCACAGGACAUGGAAGAAACCAAGGAGGAGUCCGAAGAUGCCACCUGUCAAGAGACAGAUGCUAAAGCCAGUGAGGUGAAAAUGGCUGUCGAGGAGACAGUGAAUGCCAUUAAAGAGGAAGAGGUGACUGAGAUACCGAAUGAAACUGACCCUGCCUCCCCAGAGACUGCAACAGUGUCAUGAGCUAUCUACAUGGUGGUGGUUAUAGUGAGAACCAUAGCAUUCCGAAAAGCAGGAAACGAGAAGCUACUGCAGAGGACACAAAGAGAUAGUGCUCUCAGAGCAAGAGACUAAAAGCUGGUCUCUAUUCUUUCUCCCUCCAUCCAUCCAUCCAUCCAUCCAUCCAUCCAAGACUCUACCCAUCACAUGAUGUCUCAGUUAUUGGCCUUCAUUGGGGUACAAACACCCCGACACCAUGCAUUAGCUUCUCCAGAUGGGUCAGAUGCUACACAGCUAGCUUGUUGUUUUUCACAAUGAUCAUUUUUAUUUUUACUGUCCUGUUGUGGAGGGCUGCUGUUGGAUGGAGAGCAUUGUGUAUGUUAAUGUGUACGUAUGAAUGAGUGGUCUCUGCAGGAGGGUCCUUGUCUUGUAUAUUGUAUUUAUAUCUAAAAUAUUCCCUCAGCCAUCAGAUUGAAACUCAUUCAUUCAUUAUCCUAAAGUAAGACUCAAAACAGUGUGUUUUUCAAACAUGGUACAUGUAUUCACUCAGCUAAACAUCAGUCAUAUCAAACCACUGCAAACAUAUGGCCAUAAAAUAAUUUUUUUCAACCACACAAAAAGUCAUGAGAACCAGCAUAACCAUUUCCAUUCCUACUGUACAUAUAGUUAUACUUCAUUUCCUGACUGUGAAACGUAUAUUAGUCUCCUCAUCUUUGAGAACCACAUAUCAUGACAAUAAAACACUGACUUCACCUUUAAUAUGUGAUUGCUAUUCUAGAACAGCAAAUCUGAUUUCUUGGUGUUAAAGAGGUUUGACAGCACUGUCCAGUAGCGCUCAGUAAGACAAAGUAAGUGCACCCGUGCAUGUUCUGAGAAAGUUCAGAAUAUAUGAUUUCACAGUCCAUAGCCACAUACAAAUGCACUUUGCAUUGUUCGAUUGGUUUGAAGUAGAGUGUUUCUCAACUGGGAUGAGGGGAGUUUUAGAGGGGAGUCGCAUAGUGCAGAUGAGGUAGUGCAUUGGUGCCAUCUGUUGGUGACUCCAAGACUGGUUAGCCAGUCAUAUGACUUUCAUAGGCACUCCCAUGUUGUCUGAUCUUGUUGAUAUUGCAUUACAACACUUAUGUUUUUAUGUCUUUCGUCUGUGUAUCAUAGGCUAACAAUAUUAUUCAUCCUGAAGAUGAUAGUUUUGCCUUUUUGAAUGCUUUAACAGUUUAUUUGUAAUGACUAUUACCAUGCUUUCAAUUCUUUUACUCCCUAAAUGUGAGAUAUGAACGAAGGAGAAGGUGAUGGUAUAUGGGUUGGCAGUAAAACAUUUCAUCUGUCAUUCAUUCAUUUCAUGUUGAUUCUCCUGCGAUAUUAUUCAAGGAGAAGCCUGCUGAUUUAAAAAUAGCAAUGCAAAAUGUCUCACUUAAGAGCCACACAUGAACAUCCACCAUGUGUCUGGUGAUUUCGUCCUCUCUGAUUCUUCACAUGCAGUGUUUUGUGCUUACAGUGACACUGGGGCAAAUUACAGAGAGCAUGCGUGGGGAUGACCGCAACAAGAUGCUUUAUUUUUGCAAAUCACAGAUGAAUUAGUAUAAAAUAAUCCGAAUGACACAGUGUUCUGCUACUCUUGUCACAGCUUGUACGAACACCCAACUCGCAGCCUUUUUCUCAGCUUUUUAUAGAAUAUUACUGUGAAGCUCCUUAACAUUUGUACAAAUUGUAUACCUAUGUAUCUUAAGUCAUAUUAUUGUAAUAUUAACAAAUAACCAAUGAGAGCAUUAGACAAUGUUAUGUAGCAUGAUCUUUUCUUUUUUUAUUCCACAAGCUGUUAAUAGUAUGGAUACAGAACCAUGUCUAUAUUUCAUUCAAAUAAAGUUAGCGUUGUAAAGCAA